CCGCUUCGCGCGUCGAUUUGGCCGCGCUUCUUAGGCGGCGGCGCCGACUCCGCAGCCCGCACUGCCGUGUCGCCGACGCCUGCCGGCCGGCUAGCGCGCGCGGCGCCGUGUUUGCCCGAUUUCGUGGGGGGAAAUAAGGCAGGCAGCGGUAUAACCCCUGGCACAAACAAAGCCGCCGCCCGCCGCGCUCCUGCUCCCACCGUACCCGCUGCGAUGAGAAGGCGCCCGGAGCCCCGCCUCGUCCGGUCCCUCGCCACCACCGCCUCCGCCUCACCCGCCGCGCCCGUCCCGCCCCCGCCACCGCUCCCGGCCUCGAAGCCCCCCCGCCCCGCCGCGCCGUUCGUCGCCGUGCUCCUGCGCCGGGGCCGCGCGGCCGCCGCGUUGCUCCUCAACCGCCGCCUCCGUGAGGCGCCCGCCCCGGAGGCCCGCUCCCUGCUCACAGCGCUCCCGGGCGUCCGCGACACCGUCUCCUACAACACCGUCCUCGCCGCGCUCUGCCGCCGCGGGGGCGACCUCCCCGCGGCCCUCUCCCUCCUCCGCGACAUGUCGAUGGAGCCCGACCCGGGCGCCCGCCCAAACGCCAUCUCCUACACCACGGUCAUGAGGGGGCUCUGCGCGGCACGCCGCGCGAACGAGGCCGUCAGCUUGCUCCGGACCAUGCAGGCCCGCGGCGUCCGCCCCGACGUCGUCACGUACGGCACGCUCAUCCGUGGGCUGUGCGACGCCGCAGAGGUCGACGGGGCCGUCGAGCUGCUGGAUGAGAUGUACGAGAGUGGUGUUGAGCCGAACGUGGUUGUAUACAGUUGUUUGCUGCGUGGGUACUGCAAGUCCGGCCGGUGGCAGGCCGUAGGCAAUGUGUUUGAAGAAAUGUCCCGGCGGGGGGUUGAGCCGGAUGUCAGCAUGUUCACUGGUUUAAUCGACUGCCUGUGUAAAGCGGGGAAGAUAGGAAAGGCCGCAAAGGUGAAGGACAUGAUGGUGGAGCGGGGUUUGGAGCCAAGUGCAGUGACAUACAAUGUUAUGAUCAAUUCCCUGUGCAAGGAAGGAUCAGUGAGGGAGGCGAUCACUCUAAAGAAGGAGAUGGUAGAGAAGGGGGUGGCACCGGAUGUUGUGACAUACAACACCCUGAUUGCAGGUCUUUCUGGCGUGCUCGAGAUGGAUGAGGCAAUAGGGUUGCUUGAGGAGAUGAUCCAAGGAGAUGUGUUGGUUGAGCCUGAUGUGAUUACUUUCAGCUCGGUUUUACAUGGACUAUGUAAGAUCGGUCGGAUGUUCCAAGCAGUCAAAGUUCGUGAGAUGAUGGCUGAGAGGGGGUGUAUGUGUGACUUGGUGACCUACAAUUGUCUGAUUGGUGGAUUCCUUAGGGUUCACAAGGUUAAGAUGGCUAUGAAGCUAAUGAAUGAGCUUGCUAGUUCUGGAUUGGAGCCUGAUUCAUUCACCUAUAGUAUUCUGAUAAAUGGCUUCAGCAAGAUGUGGGAAGUUGACCGUGCAGAAACGUUCUUGUGUACAAUGAGACAACAUGGGAUAGAGCCCGAGCGAGUUCACUAUAUUCCUUUGCUUGCAGCUAUGUGUCAACAGGGAAUGAUGGAGCGGGCUACAAUUUUGUUCAAUGAAAUGGAUAAGAACUGCGGGCUUGAUGUUUUCGCAUAUAGCACAAUGAUCCAUGGUGCUUGUAUAUCAGGGGAUAAGAAAAUGGCUAAACAACUGCUUAAAGAUAUGCUUGAUGAGGGUCUGACUCCUGAUGCUGUGACAUAUUCUAUGCUAAUCAACAUGUUUGCAAAACUAGGAGACCUAGAAGAAGCUGAGACGGUGCUUAAACAGAUGACAGCAAGUGGCUUUGUGCCCGACAUUGCUGUGUUUGAUUCAUUGAUCAAAGGUUAUAGCGCUGAAGGUCAGAUAAACAAGGUUCUGAAAUUGGUACAUGAAUUGAGAGACAAGAAUGUAGCUCUCGAUUCAAAAAUCAUUCGUACUAUUAUGACUUCGCUGAUGGCAAGCAACGAAGACAAAAAAAUAUUGGAGGGGCUGCCUGAUUUAUAUCUGAAUAACUAUUGCAAGGCAACACCAUCAUCUUGUCCUAGGAGUUCAUGAACUCACUAUAUAAAUCAUGCCCUGCACUUGAACCUGGUGUCGCUGGAUGAGCCCCAAUCCAUGUUCUUGUGUGCAGAUAGCCUGCAUGACGGCUAUUCAGCUAAUCAUACACUGGCAUCAGGUGAUUGCUGGGAUAUGUCAGCUUAUUUAUGUCUCCAUUCUAUCCUCAAGAUAUACAAGUAUAUGAGCAGUCUCAUGGUGAUGAGAAUGUCUAAACUGGCAGUGCAAGUACAGCAUGCGUUCUGAAGAUGACCAUCAGAUAGCUAAAUCCGUAUGCACAAACUAUGUACAUGCUCUAUCGUUCGUUGUCACAUAAAUCUAGGCCUCUACUACAAUGUUUUCUGCAACUGACCCGUUGCUCCAUGUGCCGUUGAAUGUGCCAUAUUAUCCUUUCUAUUUUUCCUUGUGAUUGAUGGGUGACCUUUUGGUGGAGGCAGCUGUUUUCUUUCUUGGAUUGCUAAACUGUUCAUAGCAAUUUUUUCUGUUUUGAAAUGCAGUAAAUCAAAAUGUCAUGAUAUGCAUUAUGCAAGCAUUGUAUGCAUUUCUCA